AUGGUCGAUUUCAACGUCAACGGCAAAGUUGCCGUCAUCACCGGCGGCACCAGAGGUCUCGGCCUCAACUGUGCUGAGGUGUUAGCUCUCAAUGGCGCCUCCACGGUUAUCAUCACCCUGAGAAAGGCCAAGGCCUGUGAAGAAGCCAAAAAGUACCUCGAAGGCAUCACUCAAAAAGCUGGUAAACAAGUGAAGGUUAUUUCGAUUCCUGCUGACCUUGCUAAGCCCGAACAAGCGCAAGCGUUCUUCGACGAGGCCAGCAAGCACGUCGACAAGGUCGACAUCUUGAUUGCCAACGCCGGUGCCACCUGGGGUGAGGAUCUUGAAACCCACCCAACUUCUGCCAUUGAAAAAGUGUUGACGCUUAACGUGACGCUGGUGUUCCACCUGAUCCAGCUUUUCACUCCCUUGUUGGAAGCUGCGGGGACCAAGGAAGACCCCCUGAGAGUGUUGAUCAUGUCCUCGGUGGCUUCUGUCGGCACCAGUGGUAUGUCCAACACCUAUGGCUACAUGGCGUCGAAGGCCGGUGUCGCCCACAUGGGUAAGAACCUUGCCGUGCAAUUGGGUCCUCGUAACAUCAACGUGAACUCGUUGGCUCCCGGUUUCUUCCCCACCAAGAUGUCUAACGGGUUGUUGGAUGCCAUUGGUGAGAUCAUGAUUGAAACCAACCCCCGUGGUCGUUUGGGUGAACCCUCGGACAUCCAGGCGGCUACUCUCUUCUUGUGUGCCAAGCAGUCGGCGUACAUCAACGGGAUCGUCUUGUUUAUCGAUGGUGGUGGCCACUUGAACUCCCCCGCCGCCAGAUUUUAG